CCGCUCCCCGCAUUGGUGCAAUAGCAUCAUAACAUUGCCAAUAAAAAGUCUUUAUAAGCAUUGAGAGAAUACCUAGAGGCCUCAUAUAAAACGAGAUCCCAGACUCCGAACAGAAAGUCAUUACGACUCAUCUUUUUCUUCUCUGUGACGGCCUUGCCUUGACUGCCACGUUCUGACCUUAACUUAUGUAUCCAAGAUAUUGAACGAAAAGUAGCCAGCUUUCGUACUACAGCAAUUUCACAAUGUCAUCCGUCCCAUUUGCAAUAGUGGACGUCUUCUCCACCACAGCCUACAAAGGGAAUCCACUCGCCAUCGUGGACAACCGAACUGCCGACCUCACCACGACUCAGAUGCAACUCAUCUCCAGGCAAUUCAACCUUUCCGAAACCACCUUCUUCUCACACUCUUCCCUCGAAAAGGCCAAUUUCAAACUCAGCUCUUUCCUUCCCGAUGGAAAAGAAGUGUUUGGAGCUGGACAUAAUAUCCUUGGGGUGUGGUGGUUCUUGGCGAAAGGUGGAUUCUUGGACUUGUCGAAACUUGCGAAGAAAGACACCGAGACUGGUGAUGAGGAGUUCGAACUUUGGCAAGAGCUGGGUGGAGAAGUCUUGCCUGUGAAGAUUGUGAGGAACGUUGGUUCCGCAAGGGAGAAGGACGGGUUUUCCGUAUCGAUUCGACAGGCACCACCAAAAGCUGGGAAUGUACAUCCAGACCCCGCAGCUCUAGCUAAGAGUAUCGGGCUUGAAUUAUCAAACAUUGGUAUCCCUAGGUCUGCAGAGAACGGCCGACCUCAAGUCUUUUCCACGUCUACGACUCGCCAUCUACAGGUACCAAUCUCUUCCAUCUCAGCACUGAAUCGAGCAGUUGUCACCCGGGACAAACUCCUUCAACAGCUUGCACUUGUGGAUGAAAAGGCAUAUGGACUCUAUCUCUUCUCGCCAGAACCAGGAAUGAAUAAUUCUUACCAAGCUCGUUUCUUCAGCCCUGGCAUGGCGGGCGAAGAUCCUGCUACUGGGACUGCGGCUGGGCCGUUGUCGGCAUAUUUGCAUACAAAAGGGCAGCUGGAGUUAGUGGAUGAUAUAGGGAAUAUCACUGUGCGUCAGGGCGUAAGAGUCGGUAGGGAAUGUCUCAUCAAGGUCACCCUGACAAAGAACGAGCAGAGUGGCGAUAAUGAUUUGAAUGUGGACUUUUCUGGUAGUGGGGUGGAGGUUGCAAGUGGAGAGAUUCAGGUUCCUGCUGUGACACUCGCAUUUUAAGUUCUUUUCGCGCACCAUUUCCUAGUAAAGCCUGAUGUAAUCCAUUAUUACUGGCAACUGUUGCUCUCCAAAGGAGUAUCACUGUUACCAUCCUGUAUAAAUGCUUUCUAAUCUAAAUUAUGUGGUUUCAAGUCUUUUGCU